AUGAUCAUGGCCUUUGUUGGUUUUCUUACCUUUGGUUUUACUCAAGCUGUUUGUCCGACUCCACCACUUAGUGUUCAAGGUGGUCAAGUUAAUUCUGGUUAUCUGAUCAUCAACGGUUGGGCUUAUUUAUUAGCUGAUUGGAAUGGUCAUCCUGCUGCUCCUCCUAAUAUCAAUGCUUCUUCCAACAUUUUAUACCCUCCUAUCAAUGCUGGUGGUUAUGAUGCUACUUUUUUAUUUCAAGAUCAAUCUACUGCUGGUUGUUCCAACGUUUUGACUCCCAAGAAUCCAUCCAAUGUACCUGAAAUUUAUUUCCCUUGUCGCCUCUUCAAUCCAAAUCAAACCAUUGCUCCUGAUCCAGCUACUUUUACCAACACUUCGGGUUGUCAUUUAUCUUCCGCCGCUCGUUCCAUGUUCCACCAAUUUGUUAGAGAUGGUGUCCCUAAUAACAAGCAUUCAUUGACAAAGGCUGCAAGAGUAUAUUAUAGUUGGGAAAAUAUUAAAUCCUCCAAAAAUAUGGUCGCAUACAAUGGGGAUAUCUUGAAUUUGGAAUUACUUAAAUCACUACCUACCAAUAUUUGGAAUAUACCUGCAAAUGGCUUGAUCUCACACUUGAUUCAAACUCCUGAACAAUAUUCUGGAAAGGAUAUCAGUCAUUUGAUCACAUCGAAUAGGGUCCAAGGUUCGAAAUUUAUAGAAGAAGCUCGAUGUUUAUCCGCUAUUAUCAAGGUGGGUUCUUUGGAUACUCUUAGUAUUGGAUGUAUUAGUUCAGAUAUUGUACUUUAUGUAUCAUUGGUGGUAAUCCUUGGUGUUAUCGGUACAAAAUUCGGUUUGGCUAUGAUCUUUGGCUGGUGUUUAUCUUGGAAACUUGGUAACUUCAAGGAAGGAAGCUCUUAUUCGGCACGUAUGAAACGUGAAGCAGAAAUUGAAAACUGGGCACAGAAUAUGUCAACAUCAGGUCCUCUCAGUAAACCAAGGAUUAACAGCAUGUACUUUGGCAACAAUAUGAAUAAUAAACGCAAAUCACUUUUCCCUCAAACAUCUAGGUUUACUCAACCUAAAGCUGGCUCUACAAGGUUUGAUACUGAAAAGGUCCCUACGACUGUAUGGAAAACUCCGACUAGUGCAUUAGAAGGUUUUGCUUCUCGACAAUCAACAUAUUUUGGUUCUUCCUCACCUUCCGUCAGAUUCUUUGGUGAAUCAAGUCCUAGACGAUCAUCCAUAUCCUCCGAUUUCAAUAGUGGCGAUUCUUCAUCUUCAGGCAGUGUACCAUGUCCAUUCCCUCUUUCACCUCGCGUUCUUCGUCAACCUUCAGCAGAUUAUAUGCCUUUCAACUUUCCUUUGGUUCAUACAGUUUGCUUGGUGACUUGUUAUUCUGAAGGAGAGGAAGGUUUACGUACAACUUUGGAUUCCAUUGCAACAAGUGAUUAUCCUAACUCUCACAAGGUUAUAUUGGUGAUUUGUGAUGGCAUCAUUACUGGUUCUGGAAAUAGUCGAUCUACUCCUGAUAUUUGUGUUUCAAUGAUGCGUGAUCUUGUUAUGCCUGAACAUCAAGUUCGAGCAACUCAUUAUGUAGCCAUUGCUGAUGGUAGUCGACGUAAUAACAUGGCCAAGGUGUAUGCUGGAUUUUACAAGUACGAUGACAAUACCAUUGAUCCUUCCUUACAACAACGUGUACCUAUGGUUACUAUCGUGAAAUGUGGAACUCCUGAAGAAGCAUCAACAUCUAAGAAACCCGGCAAUCGAGGCAAGCGUGACUCCCAGAUCAUAUUGAUGCAAUUCAUGCAAAAGGUGAUGUUUGAUGAACGUAUGACGACGAUGGAAUAUGAAUUUUUCAAUUCUUUAUGGCGUGUUACUGGUGUUCCUCCUGAUCAAUAUGAAAUUUGUUUGAUGGUGGAUGCUGAUACCAAGCUUUACCCCGAUGCGCUGUCACGUUUGAUUAGUUGUGCAGUCAAAGAUCCUGAAAUUAGUGGCAUGUGUGGUGAAACAAAAAUUGCAAACAAAAUGGAUAGUUGGGUCACAAUGAUUCAAGUGUUUGAAUAUUAUAUCUCACAUCAUCAAAGUAAAGCAUUUGAAUCCAUCUUUGGUAUUGUGACUUGUUUGCCUGGAUGUUUCUGUAUGUAUCGUAUCAAGAGUCCGAAAGGUCCACCUGGACAUUAUGUACCCAUCCUUGCCAAUCCUGAUAUUGUGGAACAUUAUUCUGAAAAUGUGGUGGAUACCUUACACAAAAAGAACUUGCUGCUCCUUGGUGAAGACCGGUAUUUGUCGACGUUAAUGCUUAAAACAUUCCCCAAUCGAAAGAUGAUGUUUGUCCCACAAGCUGUGUGUAAAACGGUUGUUCCUGAUACUUUUUCAGUUUUACUCUCUCAACGAAGACGAUGGAUCAAUUCUACUAUUCAUAACUUGAUGGAAUUACUGUUUGUACAUGAUCUAUGUGGAACAUUUUGUUUUUCGAUGCAAUUUGUGGUAUUUAUGGAACUGGUUGGCACAUUGGCCUUACCUGCAGCUAUCUCGUUUACAUUGUACUUGGUGAUCAUGGCGUGUAUUGGACAACCUGCUGUCCUUCCAUUGAUUUUAUUGGCCUUGAUUCUUGGUUUACCUGCUGUCCUAAUUGUGAUGACAAGUCGAAAAGUGGUAUAUGUCUGUUGGAUGCUUGUGUACCUGAUUUCUUUACCCAUUUGGAAUUUUGUUUUGCCGGUGUAUGCGUAUUGGCAUUUUGAUGAUUUCUCAUGGGGUGACACACGUAAAGUGGAAGGCUCGGACAAGAAACAAGAAGCUAAAGGUCAUGGUGACAAGGAUGGUGAAUUCGACAGUUCCAAGAUUAUCAUGAAAAAGUGGAGUGAUUAUGAGAAAGACCGACGUAUUCAAAUCGCCAUGGAACGCAACUUGCCUUUGCCUCGCUUUAUGGAACGACCUCGAAACAACAAUAACUAUCGAUACAACAACUAUUAUGGCAGUAAAACUGGUUCAGCUGGAUCAAGUAGUAGUGAUGCUCCUUUGACUCAUAGUCAAGAUACUGAUGGUGACAUUAGUGACCUUCCAUUGCAACAACAACAACAACAACAACAACAACAACAACCGUAUCGUCAUGAUCAACAUUCACAACCCAAUGGUAUUCGAUUACGAUCAUUACAAAGUGACAACAACCAUUACAACAGUAACAGUGGUGAUUAUCAUAGUGAAUUACCAUCAAAUAAACCACUUCCUCAACGAGCUCAGUCACCAUUACAAACAAUCAAUAAAACAACAACAACAGCAACAACUAAUAUGAUUGCUAAACCAACUCCAGAACAACAACGGCACUAUUUAUCGCCUACCAUGACGACAGGAUCACACCCCCAAUGGCUUAGUACAACUACUACUACGUGGGCUGACCCUGCACCUCAUCAUCAAACCGACACUAUACCUGAUAUGGCGGAUCGUCCUCUUCCUCCACCUCAUCGACAAUAG